GUGUUGGACUACCAUGGUUGUAAAAUAAGCGACCCAUACUGUUGGCUUGAAGAUCCUGAUAGUGAACAGACAAAGGCAUUUGUGGAGGCUCAGAACAAGCUUACAGUACCCUUUCUCGAGCAGUGUCCUGUCAGAGGACUGUUCAAAGAACGAAUGACUGAACUCUACGAUUAUCCUAAAUACAGCUGCCACUUCAAGAAAGGAAAAAGGUAUUUUCACUUCUACAAUACAGGACUGCAGAACCAGCGAGUUUUAUACGUACAAGACUCCUUAGAUGCCGAUGCCAAAGUUUUUCUUGAUCCAAAUAAACUUUCUGAUGAUGGCACUGUGGCUUUACGAGGUUAUGCAUUCAGUGAAGAUGGUGAAUACUUUGCGUAUGGCCUGAGUUCGAGUGGCUCUGACUGGGUUACUAUCAAGUUUAUGAAAGUAGAAGGUCCUGAGGAUCUCCCAGAUACACUAGAGAGAGUGAAAUUCAGUUGCAUGGCCUGGACCCAUGAUGGGAAAGGCAUGUUCUAUAACUGCUAUCCAAAACAAGAUGGGAAAAGUGAUGGUACUGAGACCUCUACUAAUCUGCACCAAAAGCUACAUUAUCAUGUAUUAGGAACUAACCAGUCAGAAGAUAUCUUAUGCGCUGAAUUUCCCGAUGAACCAAAAUGGAUGGGUGGAGCUGAGGUUUCAGAUGAUGGUCGAUAUGUCUUACUGUCUGUCAGAGAAGGGUGUGAUCCAGUGAACCGACUGUGGUACUGUGAUCUACAGAAAGAGCCUCAGGGUAUAUCAG